AUGUGUCACACGUGUGAAGACAGGAAACACAGUAACCACAUCUGUGACACGCCUGAAAAUAGGAAGAACAUCGACAACAUGUGUCACACGUGUGAAGACAGGAAACACAGUAACAACAUGUGUGACACGCCUGAAGAUAGGAAACACAGUAACAACAUGUUUGACACGUGUGAAGACAGGAAACACAGUAACAACAUGUGUCACACGUGUGAAGACAGGAAACACAGUGACAACAUGUGUCACACGUGUGAAGACAGGAAACACAAUAAGAACAUGUGUGACACGUGUGAAGAUAGGAAACGCAGUAACAACAUGUGUCACACGUGUGAAGGCAGGAAUCACAGUGACAACAUGUUUCACACGUGUGAAAUGAGGAAACACAGUAACAACAUGUGUCACACGCCUGAAGAUAGGAAACACAGUAACAACAUGUGUAACACGUGUGAAGACAGGAACACUGUAACAACAUGUGUCACACGUGUGAAGAUAGGAAACACAGUAACAACAUGUGUGACACGCCUGUAG